CGAGGUAUCUCACAAAAGCUGGUCGCGUAGCAUUUUGCCGCAUCGUAGGGAUCUCAUGCUUUUCGAACUUGCGUGUGUUGGAUUAUAUGAUAUUUUUUUGUUCAUUUUCGGCGAGUCACAGAGCUCAGUCAGUUGGAUUCCGCUACUCGGUAGUAGCGGUUCGGUUUCGUGCGUGGAGGGUAUCGCCAGUUCCGCAACCGUUUGGGGAGACAAUUUCGAAGCAGACGAUUACUCGGUGAAUUAUUUCGUAUCAGACGAAAACAUGCGUUCGCUGGGCGCCGGAAAAGAACUGCGAGUUGGGAGGAAGGAUUGCCCUUAGAUUGCCACCCCACUCACUCUUGGUGAAAAGUGAGAGUGUCUUCCUUCGUUUUGGAAUUUAUCUAUGCUUUCGCGGCUGUGGUUUAAUAUGUUGCUGUUGUUGUGGAGCGGAAUUGGGAUGAUGAAGGAAACAAAACAGAAAACUUAGCAUGAUGAAAAGUGGGAAAUUUUAUUUGCUGUGCUGUGGAGAAAAUUUGAAAUUCUUGCCGGCGUGAUUGUUGUGUGGUGUGUGAAUCGGAUCGGUGGAUCCAUCAGACGAAAAUAAAAGUGUGAGAUUUUCGGGAAGAAAAUUUAUGUACUGUAUAUUUUGGCCCGCAUUUAGUGUCAUAAUAGAAGCCGCGUGAGGUCGGAUGCGACCGCUAGUUGGGGCCAACAUAAUUUGUGGUACCAGUUCGGAACAGAAGGGCGCCGCCUGUUGCACUGCGGCUUUAAGCGGUUCGUUGUUUCAUGAAAAAAAUAAAUAAUAAAUCGUUCAGAUGCGACGCGGGUUUUCGUCUGGUUUGGAGCAAAUUGUGUGGUGAUGAGUGGGUAAAUUUACAUGAUGCAGGACAGAUGCAGCAAGUGCGAUGAAAGUAUGCUAAAUAAAUUGUUGUUGAUCAGCUGAAAUAUAGGCGUCUCCCGCGGCGUGCAAAAAAAAUGUGCAGAUACAGAUCUCAGAUUAAUUUUUCUGUGGUGCUAACUUGAGACAGCGCCGAGGUUAAACAAGCCAGGAAAUCGAUAUCAAACGUCAUUUCACGACAGAAUAUUAUUGGAAGUAUCGAAAAUAAACGUAGAAGUGGUCGCUAGUCGAUUUUGUGAAAUAAAAACAAAAGAUAUUCGGCACGGCAUGUCAACAAAAACUUGUUCCUUAGUGGCUGUAAGCUGGUAGCAUGAAUUGAAUUCGUCGUCGGAAACCGAUUAACUACACGACUGAUCAAGGUCAUAUCCAUGGAGCCAAGGAAAGGAUACAUUGGACGAUUUGAGUAGCAGCCACGACAUUGGAUAUUGAAUGGUAAUGCGCGCGGGAAAUCGAUGAAAUUAUACCAUUCUGUUUCUUCCCCCCAAAACCAGUCGUGCAGAAGCAGAAACGAGAGAAACCAUUUUAGCGGUUCGGUUUGCCGCUCACCGAAAGGACAUCCCAAACCACGGCUCUCGGCCAGAUCCGUAACAGAAUGGUACGAGCUGUAAUAUUUUUACGAUCACAUCAAAUUGUUCUCCAAUGUCGACUGUACGACGGCUAUAGUUACUACUGCUUCUCGGGAGAAAUCUGUUGCUACCAGCAUCCGGACCACACUCAAUGUGUUGCACAAUUUAGACCUUGGUCCUGGUCUUGUGCCAAUUCAUCCGACGACGACAACGGUGACGAUGAUGCUGAUGACGUCUCACUUGUAGCUGAUGCUGAUGAAGAUGAUGAAAAUAUUAAGAUAAAGAAUGAUUGCUCAAACAGAAACACUUUUAUAUCUUCCGUUGGCCCGCUGACUCAUUCGAGGAACUAUGAUAACCGAGGACAGUGAUGGUGGUGGAAAGUAAACAAUAAAUAUUUUCAGGACAAAAAUUGAACGGAUGCGCGGGGGGUUGGGAAUAUCAGGACUUGCAGAAAAUAUGCAUAUAACGGAAGAGAAUCUAGCGAUAACCGCGCUGGAAACGUCGGUGACAGCUUCUGGGGCGGCAGGUGGUGAGAAAGUAGUGGCAAACGAAAUCACCACUGUCAGGGAAAUCAUUUACGGAAUGGAACAGUUGGAACUAAAUAACACCGAUUACGGGCUGGGAAUUUCGCAAGUUGGGUCACACAAUAACGACGAAGGCAUUGUUAAAUCAAACGUCACUACUGUGAAUAGUACCGAACAAGUGAUUGAUAGCUUCUACUUCUACGAGACUGAACAAUUUGCAGUAUUAUGGAUUUUAUUGAUAGUAAUUGUACUAGGUAAUACGGCUGUGUUAAUUACACUGUUUUUAAACAAGAAUCGCAAAUCGAGGAUGAACUUCUUCAUCAAGCAGCUGGCAAUCGCAGACCUCAGUGUAGGAUUGCUGAGCGUACUGACGGAUAUCGUGCAGCGGAUUACUAUUUCCUGGCUGGCGGGAAACAUUGCCUGCAAAGUGAUACGCUUCGUCCAGGUGUGGGUCACGUAUGCGUCAACCUACGUGCUGGUAGCUCUCAGCAUCGAUCGCUACGAUGCAAUAACUCACCCAAUGAACUUCUCCGGAUGCUGGAAGAGAGCUAAACGGCUGGUGGCGACUGCAUGGGGUUUCAGUGCCGUGUUUUCAUCGCCCAUGUUUUAUCUCUACGAGGAGCGAGUUAUUCAAGACCAGCUGCAAUGUUGGAUAGACUUGGGUGAUGCUUUCCGGUGGCAGCUUUACAUGUGCUGGGUGGCAACAUCAUUGUUCGUGAUUCCGGCAUUCAUUAUCUCGGCUUGUUACGUUAUCAUUAUCAAAACCAUCUGGUCGAAGGGAUCCAUGCUGGCACCAGUUGGUGGGAAGUGUCGAUAUCAGAACGGUAGUGCUGAUUUCGCCAGCCGCCGCGCCAGCUCCCGAGGAAUAAUUCCCCGAGCGAAGGUGAAAACCGUCAAGAUGACCAUCGUAAUAGUGAUUGUGUUUGUCCUCUGCUGGUCCCCGUACAUAGUGUUCGAUCUGCUGCAAGUGUUCGAGCAGAUCCCGAGAACCCAAACCAACAUCGCCAUCGCAACCUUCAUCCAAAGCCUAGCGCCCCUGAACUCGGCCGCAAAUCCGUUAAUAUAUUGUGUCUUUUCGACGCACUUUGUCAGGACGCUAAAAAGACUCCCACCAUUCCGAUGGCUUUUCUCGUCAGGCCUAUGCUGUUCCAGUCCGGAGGAUGCGAGCGUUCACAGUGGCUGCCGGCAGUCGGCAAAUGGAAGUCGAUUACGAAACCAGCACAGUAGUGAUUCCAUGAGAACCCUCACCACAUCGUUGACGGUUUCAGCGCGGAGGUCAACCACCCUGAUUCGGACGCCGAGGGUGAUUGUGUAACAGUAGGGGAUCCCAGCAGCCGCCCCCGGGGGGUUCUGUGGUGAACCGCUUAGGGGUUAGAUUUUCCCGGUACAAAAUUUGCUAGCGAAUAGAAGCAGCGCACGAAGAUCUAGUCAAAUUUUUAAUUUAAAGUCUAAAACUAAUUAUAAAACAAUUUUAGAGAGAGGUUUUCCAUAGUUAGCAGAUCGUUUUUCGAUAGACAUUCGGGGGUAAUAUUUAAUUAUUCUUCUUAUAGAGAACUCUUGUUGUUUGUUGGCCAGAGUAAUAGCUAAGGUGUACAUAGAAAUAUUGUAAUGAGUGCCAGUUGCGAGAACCAUUUUAGCCUUACGGACACUAUUUUAGACGGCGUUAUAUAAGUGCUUUAUAUGUAUGCGAUACACAGGUGUAUACCAAAAACUGAGGACAAAAAUCCAUGAUUGAAUAUACGUUUAGUGUAAAUUUUAAUGCAUUUAUACGGAAGAUUCGUAGAAAAUAAUGUAUGUAUAUUAAGCAAACAGCGUUAUAACUUAGUAUUAAUCAUUAGACUGAUAUUACAGUGUAUAUUGUAGAUGUAAUAAUUUAACCACCCAUGAAAAUAGCAUUGAAAAAGUUUAUAAAGAAUGUUAGAGAGU